AUGAAUGAUGCGAUCCCUCGAUACAAGACGGACGCUACUGAGAACAGCAAUGUUGGCACCAUAGGCGACCUGGCCACCCAAGCGAAUCUCGUAUUAGUAUUCAGAGUGACCAAUGGACUGGACAACGGCCAAGCGCAAACACCACCCAUGGGCUUCUUGUCGUGGGAGAGAUUCCGGUGUAACGUGGAUUGUCAGCGGGACCCUGAUAACUGUAUCAGUGAGAAACUAUACCGAAGUAUCGCCGAUGUCAUGGUGUCAGACGGCUACAGUGACCUUGGUUACGUCUACGUCAACAUCGACGACUGCUGGUCAGCCAAGUCACGUGACCAACAGGGAAACCUCCAGCCAGACCCUGACCGCUUCCCCAGUGGAAUGCUGAAUUUGUCGACUUACAUGCAUUCACGAGGACUGAAGCUCGGCAUCUACGGAGACGUUGGAACCAAAACAUGUGGUGGUUAUCCCGGCAGUCAGAACUUCUUGCAGCAGGAUGCACAAACCUUCGCCAAGUGGGGAAUAGAUCUUCUGAAAUUUGAUGGUUGUCACAGCAGUCGCCAGAACCUGGCCAAAUAUUACCCAGAAAUGAGCAGACAGCUGAACUUCACUGGUCGGUCCAUUCUUUAUUCUUGCGAAUGGGCGAGUUACGACAUUCUUAACACGCAGCGCAUGUACGAAUCCAACAAGAAAUACUGCAACACUUGGAGGAACUUCUUCGACAUUCAAGACAGCUGGCGGAGUGUACGAGACGUCAUUUUCUAUUAUGGGAUAGACCUGGGGAACUUCUCUGGAGUAGCCGGGCCUGGUGGCUUCAAUGAUCCGGACCAGCUGAUCAUCGGAGACUUCAGUCUCAGCUACGACCAGGAGAAGGUCCAGUUCGGGAUGUGGGCGAUGUUUGCCGCCCCGCUCUACAUCUCCGCUGAUCUGAGGACCAUGAGACCACAGGCCAAGGCCAUUCUACAAAACAAGGGUGUCAUCGCCAUCAACCAGGACCCACGGGGACAACAAGCGAGCUUCCACACAAAGAUUGCGAAUAUUCAAGUUUGGACCAAGCCAUUGUCAUUACCUGGAAGUUAUGCGGUUGCGUUUUUCAAUCCGGAGUUUGGAGGUACUCCCUCGCUUGUGACCUUGACCUUGUCGCAGAUCGAACUGACCAAUCAAAAUGGUUAUAACAUCACUGACGUAUUUGACGACAUCCAGAUUGGAACAUAUAAGCUUGCAGAUAAAUUGAGUAUAUCGGCUAAUCCAGAGGGAAUUGUUCUUCUCAAGAUAGUUCCAUUGUAACACGUUUUCCAAAAUAUACAGUAACUUUGAUUGGUUGAAGAACGUAAACACGUUUUUUGUUUCAUGAAAAAACCCUACUGUUAAUGAAUAAUGAAAACAUAAAAAUCAAA